CCAGGAAAGGGCUGUGAGCGCUCAGAGGUCAAAGACUGCAGGUGAUUCAGGGGUGCCUGUGGGAGUUUCGGGAGAGGGCUACCAUCAUAGAGCCGAUUCUGAAAGUAGGGCCACAGUCUGAAAACAGAGGAUGGAAGGAGCUUCCCAAGUCACCUGCCCCCAGCCUCAGUCAGUUGUGGGAUUUUGUGCCAGCCAUUUUAGGAGCAGCCCUUAACCCUCUAAGAACCUAGGAAUCCACACAGCCCUGGGCUACUUGAUUCACCUAUCUCAAAAACACAGCUGGCAGGUCCAUGGCUGGUAGGCCUGUGCCCCCCGGACGUCAGGAGGAGGAGACUGCCAAAGACCUCGGGCUGAAACUAUCGCCGGUGCGGCCUCCAGGCCGCCUGCCCAGCAUUGAUGAGGCCCGACAAGCAGGUCUGGGCCCAGCUUCUCGCCGUGGCUCCAUGCUGGGCUUGGCCUUAUCCUUUUCCCGCCGCAAUUCGUUGGCCGGACCAGGGGUGGGUCCUGGGGGUCGGCGACCGUCCCUGGGCCCAGUGCCCCCUUUAGGUUCACGGGUCAGCUUCUCGGGGCUGCCCCUGGUGCCCAGCCGGCGGAUGGAGCCCUCGUAUCGCAUGGAGCCGGCACCUGGGGAGCGCUGGGAGGCCGAGAGAGCACAACGUGCCUUGGAAGAGGCGCUGGCCGCAGGGCUGCAGGACAUAUGCUACUCUGGCACCGAGGCCGGGCCACUAGCGCGGCAGCUGUGCGAGCUGGUGCACGUGCGCCUGCGUGAGCUCAGCCCGCCACGCUACAAACUGGUGUGCAGUGUGGUGCUGGGGCCGCGCAUUGGCCAGGGUGUGCAUGUCGUCAGUCGCGCGCUCUGGGACGUAGCGUGCGACGGCCUGGCCUCCGCCACCUUCACCAACGCCUCGCUUUUUGCAGUGGCCACGGUCCACUGGCUCUACUGUGAGUGAUGAGGCCUCCAAGUUCUGCA